CGGAAGCGGAAACGGAAUGAACAAAUAUGGCUGCGCCCAUGAACAAGAUAUGAAGGAAAGGGAUUUCACGUUCAAAGCAAUUUAAAAUUGAGCUAAGUCAAGAUGUUGAAGCGUCCAAAACCUGGAGAAGAUGAAGAUGAUCUGCUGGAAUUCCAGAAACAGUUUUUAGCUCAGAAAGAAAAACCAUCAGCAAAUGUUGUAAAGGAGACAGGGGAUAAUCAAGGAAAAAGAGAUGUUGUUAAACUUGAAGGUUUACCAGCUCAAAUGCCUACGAGAAAUGAACCUCCCCCUAUGAAAAAAUCAAAGUUUCGUUCGGAAAGACCUUUGAAGCAACCCUCAGCACCAGUUGCGUGUAGCGACCCAGAUGACAUAAUUGAUGAGCAUGAAAGAAGCACUGCAACCGUUCUGGCACAAAUAAUAGAAAAGGAUACCCGCUAUGGACAGUUCAACAUGCCAACUCAUGUCAAAGUGCCAUUCCCAGUGGUGUCACAGUUACCAGAGGCAAAAACUCAGGAGCCUACAACACAGAAAAAGAGGAGCUUAUUUGCACAAGAGUUUUGCAAGGAGCAGAGUGAAAAACCGAUUGAUAAUGUUCAGUCACAAGCAAAUGUGACCAACAGUAUUGACCAAUCACAGUCACAGAUCAUGUAUCCACAUCUUAUCGAUGGCUCGGGGCUGAGUGCAACUUUUAGCAGCAGAGAAGCCAGCGAGAUACACAGGGAGAAUGUGGCUAGGCUGAGUGGAAUGACUCCAGACCAGAUACUGCAAGAACGGGAUAAACUUGUCCAAACUUUGGACCCUAAGCUCCUUGAGUUCUUGAAGAAUAGAAAAUCUCAACAGAAAGAUGCUCAAAGUGUCGCUUCUUUUGAGGUUGCCAUGGAAACAGAUGUGCCCAUUAAAAUGUCUGAAACUAAGCCAAAGGUAAUGUAUAUCAUGCCAGAGAAGGCGUCCCCUCCAGUAGACAUUGACAGUCACUGGGUGCACAUGGACACAGUUGAACCUGAGAAACUGGCCUGGAUGAAAGAUCUGCCUCCACCAUCUGCCACACAGAUGGGUUCCCAAGCAAGAUUUGACUUCUCUGGUUGUCUGCUGACUCCAGAUGCAGACGUCCCUGUGAGCCAGGGCCUGCAUCACCAUGGUGACGAACCAGAGCGUGCUGGCUACUCACUGGAGGAAGUGUUCACACUGUCUCGCAGUAGCAACACACAGCAGAGGGUACUGGCACUGCAGAUGCUGGCAAGAAUUAUUGUACAGGCCAAGCAAGGUGCGUUCACAGAGCUGGUUGAGAGUCAAGUAUUACCGAGUAUCUUGGAUGCUGGGGUUGUGUUCCUGUUACGAUGGGCGCUGGAUGACAGUAUGGAGGCCGUGGUUGUGGCGGCUGUCUGUGCUUUCAAUUCCCUGCUUGUGAACCAUUCAGAUGAGAUGUGCCUUCACAGGACAUUCCACUGGUACCAGGGUCACCGUGUGACAUGCCAAGCUCCUAUUGAACCAGAAUCAGUCGGAAUCAAGCUCCCCACCGACUUGGAUGAGACACCACAGGAGACAGAUGUAGAGGUCGUUAAAAAGGACAUUAUCCUGGGCCUGGUAGAAAGGAUGAAUCUUUUGCCUCGCCUCUGCUACGUCCUCAACAAGGUGCGACCCCAGGCACCCGCAGUGGUGGCCAUCUUGGAAAUCCUCACUCGUGUCUGCCGACAUUCUACGCAGAUGGCUUACAAGGUGUUCAUUCAGAAAGGACUGAUUGAGCUGAUAAUCAAGGAAUUUCUCCCAAUGUCUGGGAACUGGACAGGUUGUGGUGUGCUCAGUGAUGUGUAUGGCAUGCCACUGAGAGAGGCUCUCACACUGAUACUCACACUCUGUCAGGCGGGAAGGAACAUGGCCGCCAUACUGCUAAGCAGAUUUGGAAUUCAAGAGAGGUUCCUAAGAUACAUUUUGACAGACACCACGGCUGAGUCGAGUGCAGUAUACAAACUGAGACACGAGGCCCUAAAGGCUUGGAAAGUUUGCCUCUCCUAUGGCCUGGCGGACACAAUCUACAUAGAUACUUAUCCAAAGAUAGUGAGUGAACUGCAGGGUUGCAUUGCCUCCCCUGAUGAGUCACAUGACCUGUUGUCUGCUCUCAUUGGCUGCCUAGAGAUGGCUGUUGUCACUGCAGCCAAUCAGCAGAGGGCUGGGCAAUUUAAAAAUGAACACCAGGGUGGCAGUUCGGAGGUGUCAGAGUCACAUGAUGUAGCAGACGUCACAUCAUGUCUGACAUGGAGUCACGUGGCUGACCUUGUGCGGCCGGUGACCUUGAUUCUGCAGCAACAGCUCACUAACAUCGCCUCUCAUUAUCCCGUACAGAAGCGGGGUUUGCAGUUGUGCCAGUCUUGUCUGAAUUUUAUCACCACUUUUUAUACAUGCGCACAGAAUCAGUUACUGGAGGGAGACCUGAUGGAGUGUCUGAAGGAGAUGGAAGGCCUGUUUACUUUGCUGGGCAGGCUCUGGAACUCUGUGGGCUUCACCUACCUCUUUGGAAGACUCAGCACAUAUUCCAACAUGGUGCAGACAACUCCUACCACAGGGGAGGCAAUCAGUUGUCUCCCUGAGUACUGGAGCUCUUCAGUGGAUGAAGAGAAGUUACUGCCUUUAGUUCGUCUGCAUUCACCAUUCCCAUUUGUCAUGGCUCUGUACAGACUGAUUUACAAUUUUGCAAAGAUCAAUAGAGGUCUUCUGAAAAUCUCCACAACAGACAAAAGUUCUGUGGUGUAUUGUGCAAUCAUGUGUCCCGAUGUCUGGUCCUACCUAAGAAGAGCAGUUCUUCCAUCCUCCUCCUCAUUCAGUCAUUUCACAAAGUGUGAGACACAUCUCCAAUACUUUGUCAUUAAACUGCUGAUGUUGGCGCUCAGCUAUGACGAAAGUAUCACAGUGGACAGACUGGUUGUACACCAGCUGUCAUUGUCCCUGCUAACCAGUCUGCAGUAUGGAGAAGAGUAUCUGGCACAUGACCUUCUGUCGACUGUGGUCUUCAGUCCUCUGCUUUGCAGAGGAGAAAGUGAAGAUGAAACCGCAGCUCAGUUGGAAAAAAUGCAUGUGUCCUCCCCUCCCUCUGCAGGGAUAAUAAUCACCCCCACAGCGGCCCCUCUUCCGUCCAGUGCAGGCUCACUCAGUGAGGAGGCAUGCGGAUGUUUACCGGCUGUGAGAGCAACAUACAUCAUGGCAUUCAGCCAUAUGGCAGAGAUUGUCAUGGAAUCAAGGCACCAUUUCAUGCAAAGCAACUGGCAGGCCAAGACAUGCUUCUCAGGCCAUAUUGGCGAGUGCCUGAUGCCAAGAGACUGGGUCUACAUGCCUCUCAUAGACCUCUACAACCAGUACUCUACUGUUGGACUGGAAAUACAGAAUGCGUUGUCAGUACAUCAGCUGGACCAAGUCCGGCACGUUCUACGCUGGGUGUACCUGCUGGAGAGGAAGCGGUCGUCUCGGCUGGAGAGUGUCUCCGUCACACUGAAGAUCUCCCGCGUCAUGUGUGUUUUCUUGACCGGCAAUGACCUAUUUCUCGACAAGGUUGUCCACAGCUACCUAGAGGGCUUGUUUCGCCUCUACACGCGGCAAUCACUGCUGGCGAGAAUGAACUUUGAGGAGAAGAUACCUGGACUGCCUUCAUUUUAUGACUUGUUUGUGGCGGUUCUACAGCAGUACGAAGCCGUAUCUUUCGGGGACCCUUUGUUUGCCUGCUAUCUGCUGAUUCCUAUGCAGCAGAGACACAGCAUCGAGUACCGGAAAGCCAUCUGGACAGAGAACACUGGAAUUCUGCGCACUUUGACCCUUCCUUUGGAUCAGCUACUACUAGACAUCAACCACUUCCUGGCACCUGAAGAGACAGAUCCGGAGCUGGUGCGCCUGUACUACCAGGCCCUGUACGGGGGCAGCCUGCGUCGUGUGUGGUCUCCUGUUCUCUACCUGGUGGCCGUGCACCAUGUCAACAGGUUCCUGUACGCGCAGGACAAGACCCACUUGCAGCUCAAGAGAACCAUGAUGAGCAAGAUGCUUGCAUCUAACAACCAGGAGCUUCAGCAUCACAUUGUGUACUACAAGAAGGUGGAUCUCUCCCUGCUCCAUGGCAUGGAGCUUUAUACAGAACUGCCUGCAAUCAGGCAACAAUACACUGACUCAUUGAAAUCAUCCAUAUAGACGAUGAAGCUGUUAAAUGACUCAGUUGCCGUACCUUUAUGUUGAUAGAUGAGAAGCUUUAAAGACCGCAGCAACAACAUGUGUUCAGGAAAUUUCAUCAAUAAGAUGCUGUGCAUUUUCAAUUAUCAAAACUGUCAGUUGGAAAGUUGUUGAAGGUGCUAAAAUUUACAUCAACCACUUGAGUUUGGAAGUAAGAUGAAGCCCUUUGAACUCGUAGUUUUUCACAUAAGGUGACAUCAGUUAUGUUAAGCAGUGGAGUGAAGUUCUUUUUACAGCUUCUCUUUUUCAUGUAUGAACUAGCAUGGAUAAAAAAAUUGUCAUUUGGGAAUCAGUUGGAUAUACAUGUAGUGAGAAGCUGUUGACGACCAAAUUACCACAUCUUUAUUGUGGAAGAUUCCACACUUUCGUAACAAAUAGCAUUGAACUAUAAUGUUCACCAUUUCUAUUUUCUUUUUAUGAACUGGCAAAGAUGAAUAUGGAGAAAAUGUUCAAGGAAAAAAACAAUAACACUGGUAAAUCUGAAUUUCUGGAGCAGCAAAAUCCUGUUAUGUUUUUGAAAAAAGUUUACUGCUUAUUCAUACAUAAGUUAAGUUAAUAUUAUUGGCAUCUUUGAAAGUACAUAAACGCUGCGGAACAAUUUAGGCAAUAUACCUUAUUUUGCUAAUAUGACUACCAUACUAUAGUUACAUUGUUUGUUCAAGACGUUUGAAGGAAAUGUUUAGUAAGUUGAUAAAUGGUUUUUAAGUAAAAGAUAAAGAAAAUCAUUUUCAUAGAAAUCAAUGUUGUUGUUCUUGUUCCCUUCAGAUGCACUUUUAUGUCAUACUAUGUCAACUUGUGGUCCACAUCAACAAACUGAGAACAUACAAGUAUUAUUUUAACAAUAAACUUUCAGAUGCCA